AAAAAGAUCUAAGUCGAUAAAAAAUUGUGUAUAAUUGUUUUAAAAAUUAUUUUUUAAACAGUUUAAUGAUUUUAAUAAUAUACAAACAAUGUUAAAGUAAUACUGUCACUAUUUUAAAAGCGUGACGAAUUUCAAAUUAAACAUUAUUGAUUUCUUUAUUUACUAUCGCCGACGAUAACAGGUUGAAAGUGCCAGAAUAUUUCAUCUCUUUCCUGUACAUAGAUGCACUCAAAUUUAAUUUUAAUAUUUUGGAGGAGAAAAUUUUCCAUACUUUUGUUAUCAACAAGUCUGAUAAUUAUCACCCUUUGGUUCUGGACAUUUAUUGAUACGCAAACUAAUAGUCGAAUUGGCGGAGCACAUCUGUGGAGUGAUUUUAGUAAUGCCGAGAGCACCUCUAAAGAAACACAUAUGCUACAGAAACUGAUUUCACAAGCAAAUCGCGUCUUAAGAUACCAACAACAAUUGAACGAUAAUUCAGGUGCGAGAAUAAUAGCUGGUGGCAUACCAGCUGUACCAGCUGCAGCACAUAGAAAUUCACCUAACGACUUGCGUAUUGUGCGUUUUGUAAAAGGAACGAGAAAUCCGUCAGAAGGUAAAAUAAAAGAAGUAUCCUCGAAUACACUUUCUUUAGUGGCACGACGGAAGAAAUCGCCCGUAGUUGGAGAGAGCUAUUUAUUUGAGGAGGAACGUUUAAAAAUAUUGGAAAAUCAGCAACGAGUGCGUAACGCUGUCAUGGAAGAUCUAAAUCAAAAUAAUAUGGAUUAUGAACGCACAUUAACUUCUGCUGAGAGGCAAACACAAUAUGAGCAUGAAUUGCAACGUAUGGGUGUGCCAGUGAUUGCAAGUAUAGGUCCUGAAAAUGCACAUCCACCAAAUGAGCGGUUGGUACAUUUAGACCUUAAAGGAGCACCUCCAAAACUUAAUUUUUUGAAGCAUCUUCUGCCGGUAUUAAAAACACUUGGUGCCACUGGUUUGCUAAUCGAAUAUGAAGAUAUGUUUCCGUAUACCGGUGUACUACAAGGAAUUUCGGCUAACAAUGCUUAUAAACCAGAUGAAUUAAGAAAUUUUUUGGAGACAGCAUCAAUGCAUGGAUUAACCAUAAUGCCGCUCGUACAAACAUUUGGUCACAUGGAGUAUGCGCUAAAAUUGCAAGGAUUUGAGCAAAUGCGUGAAAUACCAGAAAGUCCACAAUCGAUUUGUCCUAGCCAAAAAGACUCCAUCGCAUUCAUAGAGAAUAUGUUAACACAAGUGAUAGAGUUUCAUGUACGCAUGGGUGCUAACAAUAGUAAUGAUGCUGCUGCUCCCGAGCUACCAAUCAAAUUUACACACAUACACAUUGGUUGCGAUGAGGUUUACCGUAUGGCUGAGUGUGAUAAAUGUCGUCAACAUUCACGACAUGAACUUUUCCUAACACAUGUUACAACAAUUGCCAAUUUCGUACGUACUCGUUGGCCGCACCUGCGUGUUGUUAUAUGGGACGAUAUGUUGCGGGAUAUGACUCUCACCGAAAUGCAACAUUCGCACAUUGGAAAUUAUGUGGAACCUAUGAUUUGGGUUUACGCUAAUGAUAUUUAUCACUUUAUACAGCCACAGUUAUGGGAUAUGUAUUCCAAAGUAUUCACAAGUGCUUGGGCUGCAUCGGCAUUUAAAGGUGCGUUCGGCGAGAGUCUGAUGAUACCGCCAUUGCAACAGCACUUAGAAAAUAAUAUGAGAUGGCUUGCAGUUAUUGCUAAAGAAGGGGGCAGAUUCUCUAAAGGUUUUAAUGGUUUAGCAUUAACUGGCUGGCAGCGUUAUGACCACUUUGCUACGCUUUGUGAACUGCUUCCAAUAUCUAUGCCUAGUUUAAUUACCUCCUUAUCUACAGUUUCACGAGGUUAUUUUAGCACGAAUCCGAAAGAAAAUGAUUUACUACGAGUUCUAGAAUGUGUUUUUCAUCCGGAUAGCAGACGCUCUGGUCACCCAUGGAUUGAAUUACACCCUAAUUCUCAUCACAGUCAAUUGUUCUCAACUUGCACAUAUCUGGGCAGUCAUGUCUACAAAUUUGCUUUACGUCUUUUCGAAAAACUUGUAGAAGUACAGAAUUAUUUAAGCCAUGUUAAAGACAAAAGCGCCUGGUUGUCGGAUUACAACUUACGACAUAAUUUCAGUUCACCAAUAAGAGUACGCAGUUUAACCACAAAUACGCCGCCAUUAAUAAAUGAGCUCACAGGCAUGGCGAAAGAAGCACAUCAAAUUAUGAUUGAUAUAUUUGAUGAGCAUACAAUUGCAGAGUUUAUAGAACAAAAUAUUUACCCUUUAAUAGUGUCACUACGCAAGCAAUUAGAACAAGCACAAACCCUGCUACAGCGGCACACUUGGCCACAACGUCCUCUACCAUUUUCUCGAGAACUGAUUGAUUUAAGUCUAUUACCAGAUUACACUUUACACAAAAAUGAACACCAUUCAGAGCAUACUAACACUUAAAAAUUUUGUUGUGAUAAAAUGACUCAAAUGUUAACAAAAAACAUGUUAUGCUUUUUGCAAUAAACAAUUACGCCAUUUAU